CGUGCAGAGCAAGAAAGGCUCGAAGUCGCACCAAUACAAAUAGAGGGACGGAGGGAAAGGAAGAGAGACCCAGAGAGAUCGAGAAGGACGCGGAGAGCAAGGGAAAGGGAUCGGCUGGCUAUCGGAGACUGACGGGCGAGUUCAACCGAUAAACCCUCAUAGGAUAAAUUUAGCGUGCCGACAAGGGAAGAGUGUGCAAGUCGUUGUUGUGGGCUGAUUAAUUCAGUGCCCUAAAACCAUCCUCUUUCCACUUGCUGAUAAUCUCAGGCUCCGGCGAAACAGAAGGACGUCGAUGGGCAUUAUCAGAAGUGGCUUCUCCCUUAUAGCGGGAACUGUGUUAGGGAUUUACAUCGCUCAAAAUUACAACGUUCCCAACAUUAGGAAGCUCGCCAAUACUGGGCUUGUGAUGGCCAAACACAUCGAAGAGAAUUACAGGAAGCCAAAGAAGAGGGAGGAUGAUGAUUGAUUACAAGGCUCAUGAUCCAGCUUGAAUUUAUGCAGUCGGAAUCUAUGGAGCCAAGUGAAGGUUCUUGACACUAGAAAUUUGGAAUAACUUGAACCAUGGUUAGAUCUUCUACCCUUUGUCAUUCUCUAUGAUUUGACGGUUAGUUUCACUGUCUUCAUUAUUAAAAAAUAAAUAUUGUUCCAAGGGGAAGCAGAAAUAUUUGAGGAAGACAGUUUUUCCUUUAUUGAAAUGUUUGAUGUGAUCAUAGUCAAUUAGGUCUAACUUUUUGUUGAAUGUGACUUCGACUUCCCCGGUUAAA